AUGAGGAUGAAUCAACGUACAGAGAUAUGUUGGUCACCAAAUAUUUCAAAUGAUUUGGCUGAAAUUGGCGCUGAAAUUAUAAUUCAUGUAUUUGAUAAACCGACAAAAAAAUGUACGUCAAAUAGACGAUUAAAUUUCACCUAUCCAGUUCAAGAAAAAAAUAGUAUUAAAUGUGCAGCAUGGUGGCCAUCAACUGAAUAUCCGUAUACAUUUGCGUUGGGUCAAACAAAUGGAAGAAUUAUUUUUGAAAACGUCAAAGAUCAUCAUCAUCCAUUGUGUCAUCGAACAAUAGAUAGCAAACAAGGACGAGCAUGUUCGGCACUCAGUUGGAAUACAGAUUCUCCCUAUUUAUUAUUAUCUGGUUUCGAACGUAAUCGAACGGAUAACUGCGUUGUUCUAUGGGAUGUACAAACGAGUAAACAAUCAAUAUCAACAACAAAUCAACCUCCAACUCGAAUUAGUCAACAAAAUCCAAAUGAUGUCGAAUAUAAACGUUUGGAUAAUACAAAUCCAGUAAAAGCAUUAUUUGAAACUGGUAUGGGUGAAGCAUGUUCGUCGUUAACAUGGAUUAGACCAGAAACACGUUUUUUUGCUGCAUGUACAGCAUUUGGAAGAUUAAUUAAAUUGUAUGAUCCUAGAGGUAUAUUAAUCUUACUAUCUCUUUAUCUACCAAGAGAUCAUUCAUGA